AUGGUGGACGAAGAGGCUUCAGCGGUGGUCGUCGACAACGGGUCAGGUAUGUGUAAGAGCGGCUUCGCAGGCGACGAUGCACCACGAGCAGUUUUCCCCUCGAUUGUCGGUCGCCCUCGACACAAGGGCGUAAUGAUAGGCAUGGGUCAGAAGGAUUACUACGUCGGAGACGAGGCCCAGCACAAGCGGGGGAUCCUGAGCCUCCGUUACCCCAUCGAGCACGGGAUCGUCACCAAUUGGGACGAUAUGGAGAAGAUCUGGCAUCACACUUUCUAUAACGAGCUCCGUGUCGCCCCCGAAGAACACCCGUUGCUUCUAACCGAGGCUCCGAUGAACCCCAAGACGAACAGGGAGAAGAUGACGCAGAUCAUGUUCGAGACGUUCACAUGCCCCGCGUUCUACGUUGCCAUCCAAGCCGUGCUCUCGCUCUACGCCUCGGGGCGAACCACUGGUAUGGUGAUGGACUCUGGGGAUGGGGUGACCCACACUGUGCCCAUCUACGAGGGGUACGCCCUCCCCCAUGCCAUUACCAGGGUCGAUCUGGCCGGGAGGGACCUCACCGAUUACCUCAUUACUCUGCUGACAGAGAGGGGAUACUCCUUCACGACAACAGCCGAGCGGGAGAUCGUCCGCGACAUCAAGGAGAAGCUCUGCUACAUCGCUCUCGAUCUCGAACAGGAAAUGGACCUGAGCAGUUCAUCAUCGAGCAUUGAUAAGACAUACGAGCUCCCCGACGGCCAGGUCAUCACCAUCGCCAACGAACGAUUCCGAUGUCCCGAAGCACUCUUCAAACCCUCCCUCAUUGGUUUGGAGGCGGCAGGCGUGCAGGACACCGCUUACAGUGGUAUUCUGCGGUGUGACGUCGACAUCCGCAAGGACCUCUACUCCAACAUCGUUCUCUCCGGCGGCACCACCAUGUUUCCUGGUAUUGCAGAUAGGUUGCAACGAGAACUCGUCAGUCUAGCGCCCUCUACAAUGAAGAUCAAGGUGGUUGCACCGCCAGAGAGGCGUUACUCGGUGUGGAUCGGCGGGUCCAUCCUCUCUUCGCUGUCGACCUUCCAGCAUAUGUGGAUCAGUCGGGCCGAGUACAACGAGACCGGACCUGCCAUUGUACACCGCAAGUGCUUCUGAGGAUUCUUGAGGUGUCUCUUUGGUUCAAAGCCCCAUGCUCUUGGACAUGUGUUUCAUGGUCAAUAUCCAGCUUCAAUUGAUGCAGCUCUCGACCCAUCACUCUUCCUUUACCCAUUACUAACCCUUAAACAAACCUAACACCCAACUGCAGGCCUAAGCAUAAACAUUUACAGAAAUAAAGUCCGUAGCAAUUGUCAUCGGAGCAAAGUCGAAUCACCGUCUCUUUGGGCACAUUCAGGUAGACUAACGCAAAAAAAAAGUCGUGCAUGAAUAGCAACUGCACGCAUCAAAGAUACUACACGGAUUCGCUUAGCUCUGCUAAUACGAUCCUCCUGCGAUCAGAUUAUCGAAGAAAUUACCAUUUGAAUUUGGAAAUAUAGCAAAAAUGUUCUUCCUGGUUUAGGUUCUAAAUACUUAUAAGAAUACGAACAACUGGUUUUAAGUGAAUUUAACUGUUCUAGUCAGAGCUUUUUUAUAAUUUAGAACCAGGAUGAUUUCAGGCAGCGAAGUGCGUAAAUAGCUCAAUAUUUGGGCAAUGAAGUACCCGAAUGUAUAUUAUAUGUUUUAUAUCGAAAUUACAUUUUUUACCACGCUCGUUAAGAAUCAGGAUAAUUCUGGCCAA